AUGACUGAGUCUAAACGCCCCAGAUAUGGAAGGGACGUGGAAGGUUUCCUGGACGACCUGCCUCCUUCCACGAACAGAUGUACCUACAAAGGGAAAGCAAAAUUUGAGGAAAUCGCAAGACUUGAACAUCACUGCCUAGAAAACUCGUUACGCCAUCUCCAAAUACUUUGUUAUAAUCAUCGACAAACCCUCGUUCCGGAGAGACUUUCCCUCAAGCUAAACGUUGGCGUUCGUCAGUUCUAUAACCCGACACUUCACGUAUUGAUUCUGAGAACGACUUUGCCCAAGAAUUCUGAGGUUGCCGGGGUAUUUCACGAUGCAGUAAUGGAAGCUUUGCGGCCCAUGGGGCUCAAUAAAGCAGCAAUCCUCAGAUAUGGAGGGGCAGACAUCAAUGUCGGCGACGGAAACAUGAAACAGCCAGAUUGGGGCUGGAGCCCCAGGCGGCGCCCUUGUGGUGUUGCACGCCGGCCCUCGGUCGUCCUGGAGGCUGGCUUUUCAGAGCCCGAAACAAAAUUGCACAACGACGCAAGAAUGUGGGUGGAUCCCACCAGGGGGGAAGCAAACAUGGCCAUCACCAUCAAAGUCAACUGCCGGAUGUCUAUGAUCACAAUCCAGACGUGGGAAUGGGAUUCCAAUUCCCAGCAGCCCCAUGUCACACAAUCCUGUGUGAUAGAGAAGACUGGCGACAAUGUCACCGUCUCGCAGCACGCUCUAACUAUCCUGUUUAAUCUGCUCCUCCUACGACCUCCUUCCGCUCCUCGGGAGACUGAUAUCCGAUUACAAAAGCAGGACCUUGUAGAAAUUGGAACUGGGGUCUGGCAGAUGCAAGGGCUGUGA